CGUCAUCGACUUCAUUCCGUGCUGCCUACUUUCACGCUGGACUGGUCGAGAAAGACUGUAUAAACUGCUCGAUUAUACCAUAUUACAUCCCCUUCCAACCGUGGGAUAAUCGAUUCGAUCGUCACUGCCCUGCAUAAAGCCCGCGCCACCCAAUACAUAACGAAGAUGCGAACACUAGCUACGCUGUAUGUCACCGUCUUAAGCCUGUCACUCAUCGGUGCAUCGCCUUUGGUCAUCACUAGCACUUCCGAUGCCUCCAUUUUUUCACCUAUAGCCCUGGUUGACAGUUUCAAUAACCGUGGAAUUGGCAACACUGGGUCUCCGGCAAAUCUGGAUGGUCUAGGGGGUGCAUUUCCCGAGCAAGAAGUUCGAAACGCAGGGUUGGUUAGAGUCGGUAGUCUGGCGUAUCAGCUGAGAAUGGGUGGGAAUGACAACGUUGCAGCGUUUGGUCAAGAUAUACCGAUGACGCCGCGACGCUAUGGUGCUUUGUAUCUGCUUGUGACGGCAAGUCAUGGCCCAUCGGUAGGGAACCUUACAGCUGUAUACAGUGAUGGAACAAGCGAUACCACAAAGUUCGUCGUUUCCGACUGGCAAACUGGAGGUGCCUACAGUGCCUUUUCCACUUCCACCAUUGUCCAAGGCAGCUCCACCGUCCCAUCUCAUGGCCACAUGUACUCUCUUCCUGUAUAUGUCAACCCAGCCAAAACCCUUGUCAAACUCUCGCUACCAGCGGGAGAUCCAGUGGCUUCUUUUCACCCUCUUCUUCAUAUAUUCGCUGCAGCAGGUAAAAUGGCCAGCUCUGCUACAGAUUUGGCCAUCACCCAUGCCGUCGCUACUGCGAACAAAAUACCCGACGAAUCCGGUCGACUCUGGCAAAUGGUCGAGGUUGACAUCCACAACUCGGGGACCAGAAGGUUAUAUGGGUCCAAUGUUAAAGUGUCUGUACUGGGUCAUGGAGUAGUCACCACUGUUCCUGGUGUUUUGGAUGUCUUGGAAGGAGGAGAGAAGCGAACAGUCUAUGUUGGCGUUCAAACUUCGUUUUUCGGUAAAAGGAACCUGGCUACAGCGUUGAGCAUCAAAGGAAGCAACGUAGCGAUCAUCACCAUGAAUAUUCCUCUCCAGCUUGGAAUAAAUGCUUGGGAACCUAACGAGGAAUCUUUAUCGCAGCACAAAGCGCCGCGCUGGUUUGAUCAAGACAAGUUUGGAAUCUUCAUUCAUUGGGGGUUGUAUUCUGUCCCUGCGUGGGGCCCACCAGGUGGCAUGUACAGCGAAUGGUACUGGAGUAAUUACAACCACCCGCAGGAUGAAACGUACGAAUACCACGCCAAAACGUGGGGCAAGCACUUUGAAUACGAUGACUUCAUACCGUUGUUCCAGCCGCAGCUUUUCAACCCUAGAGAAUGGCUGGAUCUGAUCACUGCGAGUGGCGCCAAUUACUUUGUGCUGACCUCUAAGCAUCAUGAGGGGAUAGCCUUGUGGGAUACCAAGGUCAGCAAUAGAUCUUUUGUGGCAUUGGGACCCAAACGCAACUUUGUCAAUGAGGUACUGGAGGUUGCAGAGAAAGAGUAUGGUCAUCUCAAGGCCGGCUUGUACUUCUCUAUGCCGGAAUGGUAUAAUUCUGCCUACCCCACUACAGGCGCAUUUGGCCACACUCCCCGAAAUCCUUAUACAGGCGCAUCGGUGCCUUACACUGGCAGUCCAGACUUCAAAGACUAUGUCAAUGAGCUGCAGCUUCCACAGUUGCUCGAAUUGGUGGAUCUGAAAUAUGACCUCAAAAUUAUCUGGUGUGACAUCGGUGGAGUCAACAAUUCCACGUUUUUUGCGGCCAAGUUUUUCAAUAAUGCCGAGGCCAGGAACCAAGAAGUGACCAUCAAUGAUCGUUGUGGUAUGAGAGCAAACGAUUUUUCUACACCUGAGUAUUCAACGCUGGCUGUCACAUCUCGCGACAAAUGGGAAACCACUCGAGGUAUUGAUCCUCAUUCAUUUGGAUACAAUCAAGGAACUAGUCCAGACCAGUAUGCAAAUGCGAGCUCCAUGGUCCAACUACUAGUCGAUUCAGUCAGUAAGGGUGGCAAUUUGCUUCUGGAUGUCGGCCCAGAUGCUCAGGGCCGCAUAUCUGAGCCUCAACAAGCAAGUCUUAGGGGAAUUGGCGCAUGGCUUGCCGUCAACGGUAAGGCGAUUUACAAUACCACAUACUGGUGGGUGACGAGCGACGAGGGCGACCUACGUUUUACCUCUGCUGCCGAUGCCUUCUACAUCACAACGCUCAAACGACCCAACAAUACCCUGCGAAUCAAGUCUCCUAUCCCUAUUUCCCAAGGCGAUAUCAUCGAGCAUAUUGGAUCUCCAUGUGCAGGACUUGCGUGGUCUCGAGGUGCAGAUAACACUAUUUCCAUUUCUGUGCCCAACCAGUGCAUUCAUACCGUUGCGGAUGUAGAGGCCUGGGUGUUCAAAGUGGUCUGGAUGCAAAAUUAUACUCCCAUAGGACCUGUGGUGGCCCAAGUCGUAGCGCAGGCCAAGUUGGAGUCAUAUCAGUCACCGACUUGAAAUAGAUCGUUCUUUUUGCAUGCAUGAGAAAGUAGCCAUCUAGAGUGUCGCUAACAAACUGUUCAAAGGCUCACAUGUGGAAAAAUAACUUG